CCUUUCAAGGGUUGGUGGAAGCUCCAUUCACCAAUCUCCACUAUCCCAGUUGGCCAUUACCGCUUUCAGAAAUUUCUCUCCUUUUCAUUCGAUUUUCGUAUACAUAAUUACAAGGAAAGGCUUAGAGUCUAGAUCAAUGCUUUUCUUCUUCGCAAUCUGAUUAGUGGAAUUCAAAGAGAGAGAGCAGGAUUGAUGGAAACCCAGCAGCAAUCAUGGAAGUUGAAAAUUUCGUUCAGGAACGCGACCAUCCUCGUAUGUUCCUUCAACCUCAUCGCCUUUCUUCUCUUGCUUCAAGGCUUCCUUUCCGGUAUCUCUCUCUCCACCAGAAGACUUAGUCCCGAUCAACUCGAUGCAGUGGAAAUGAGAUAUGUUAAGGAAUCUGAAGAACUGCGCCGUGCUAUGGAGCCCCUGGAGCUGAUAAAAAGAGUAAGGGAAAUUGAACAAGAAACAAAUGUAGAACCACAGGCAGUGCAACCAAAAGCCACUAAACAGACUGCUGCAGCUGAUCUAUCAAAGAGAUUGACGAACUUCCGACCUCUUAAUGAUGCUAACAGCCAGAGAGCUCUUGAGGAAUGGCGUAAGCGGAAGAUGGAAAGAGCAAGGCAACGAGAACUUGAGAAAAAUGGAACAGCUCAAGCAUAAUAUCAAUUUCUAAAUUACAAUCACAAACCCAACAAUGGUGGAGUGGAGGAUUAUCCCUCAUCACUCUUUGAUGGUGUAAAGCUUUUAAACUUAUUCAAUUGUAAAGUAAUAAUAACCAACUUUUUAUUAUGUAUUCUCGACUUUAAUAUUCAAUAUCAUGAAGAUCUAUAUUUGCAAUCA